UCCCUGCUCUCUUCGCCGGCGUACAGAGGAGCAUUCCAAAUUGCUACAUCGUCGGACGUAAAAAAAAAGAUAGAAAGAAUGAAAUAAAGAAGAAAAACAAGAAACAGAGCAGCAGUUUUCAUGAUUAAGCUUUUCGAAUGGAAAUUCUCGAGGAUUCAUUCUCAGCGGCUGCCGGCGACGACCACCACGACGACUCCGCAAACCAAAAUCAUGCCCGUAGAGGCUCAAAUUACUCCGUUCUCACCAAUUUGAACCUGAACGUCCCGAUUUCCAAUCCAGGACGCACUGAUUGUGGGACGAGAAGUGGAAGGCCUAGUUUCUGGAUGAGUCCUUUCUAACAAUGGCGGCAGUCUCAGUUAGGCAUCCGACUGCGAGCAAUAAUCGUUGGUCAUUACCUCACCUGGUUCUCAUUGCUAAGUUAUCAGCGAUGACAAACAGUUAGUGCUUCAGCUUUUAUUCGCUUUGAUUUCACAUUGCUAUCUCCGUCUUUUCCUAAAGCUCAGGUGAAGUGCCUAAUGAUUUGUCUUAUUUCUUUUGGAUUGAGUUGUCGCUGUACUGAUUUAUUAGUUACUUUUAUUGAAUCGUUUAUUUUAGUUUCUGCUACAUAUAGUCAAAUAGUUCUAGGGACUGUGAAGUGUUUGAUGACGAAUUUCUGCAAAUUCAGUCUAUGAACCUCGAUUCUUCUGGCUGAUGUUUGAUUUAUGCAGUUUUAGCAGUAGUUCGAUUUAAAGUGUUUUGCGGCGAUGAAACAAUGGUUGCACAAUGCUGAUUACACUGCUUCUCAUUUUUGAGUUUAUGUAUUUUAUAUUGUCUCCUUGGUUCUUCCUGCAUGGAUCACACCUGCUUAUGGAAUGCCGCGUCAGGAAUCGAAAGAUGGUAUGCUUUUUAUAUGUUUCGAGGGUAGAAAAGAUGAUGUGAAACGAUGUUGCAGCUCGGUUGCUCUUUCCUGCGCCCUGCAGGAAGAAUUCGUGUCACAAGCGUCCGGAUUUUGGGAGUUACAGAGGACCAAGUGGCUGAAUUAUGUUAUACCCCAACACUGCAGUUGCUGUUGUUUAAAACUCUAGCUGCUGUUGUUGUUUCAGUCGCAGGCUGCACAUGUUGGAACCAUAAAGACUUGCAGCAGUUGAAAUUGUCAAUCAUGGGUCCCCUAUCAUUAAUUGUGAAAUUUAAUUUUACACCUAACAAAUGUUCAUCAUGAACCUAAGAAAAGAAUGCGUUGGAGCUAGCAGGGUCCAAAUGAUCAGACAACCAGUCAAGUUGUUGGCAAACCAAACGGAACCCAAUGCAGAAUGGCAAAUUUUCCUCUGAUGUCUAUUGUUACGACUGUAUUUUUAUAUUCUUCUUUCAAUAUCUCUGUGGCUGUUGAUUUCUUAACAGCUUCUCAAAACCUCAGUGAUGGCAACACCUUGGUCUCUGAAAAAGGAUUUUUUGAGCUGGGUUUCUUCAGUCCCGGAAAUUCCAAGAACCGUUACUUGGGAAUUUGGUACAAAAUCAUCCCAAUUUCCACUGUUGUAUGGGUCGCCAACAGAGAAAACCCGCUCAACAAUUCUUCUGGUAUUUUGAGAAUAAAUACCACAGCCAAUUAUAUUGUUCUCACCCAGAACAGUACCAUUGUUUGGUCAACGAAGUCGUUAAAGCAAGUGGGAAAUCCCAGGCUACAGCUCUUGGACAAUGGAAAUUUAGUCCUGAAAGACGGGAACUCAAGGGAGUUUUUGUGGCAAAGCUUCGAUUAUCCAACUGAUACAUUGUUGCCAGGAAUGAAGCUAGGAUGGGAUUUUAAGAACGGCAUAAACAGAAGAUUAUCAGCUUGGAAAAACUCAGACGAUCCAUCUCCUGGAACCUUGAACAUGGAAAUGGAGAAUCAUAGCUACCCAGAACCUGCCAUGUGGAAUGGUACCCAAGAGUUCAUGAGAACUGGACCUUGGAAUGGGAUUCGGUAUAGCUCCAAAUCUAACUCUGGUCUCCCAAUUUUGGUAUACCACUAUGUGAAUAAUAAAAAUGAGCUUUACUUCAGCUACCAGCUGAUUAACAACUCUCUGAUUGGAAGAAUGGUGUUGAACCAAUCAAUGUUCAGGAGAGAGGCCAUAUUGUGGUCAGAAGCUGAGAAAAACUGGAAGGUAUACGCCACGAUGCCGAGGGAUUACUGCGACACAUACAACGUUUGUGGUGCCUAUGGGAGCUGUAACAUUGAGGAUAUGCCUUCUUGUCAAUGUCUAAAAGGGUUUCGGCCAAGGGUCCUGGAGAAAUGGAAUCUCAUGGAUUAUACAGAAGGGUGUGUCAGAAAUAAGCCUCUGAAUUGCUCGGAUAAAGUUGGCUUUGCAAAGUUCCCGGGACUGAAACUACCUGACACCAGAUUGUCCUGGGUUAAUGAAAGCAUGAGUUUAAGUGAAUGCAGGGAAAAAUGCUUGAGAAAUUGUUCUUGUAUGGCGUUUGCCAAUACAGAUAUCAGAGAAUCAGGUAGUGGUUGUGCCAUUUGGCUUGGUGAUCUUAUUGAUAUUAAAGUGGUUCUAAAAGGUGGACAAGACUUGUAUGUUCGAGUACUCGCUUCUGAGUUGGACAAAAAGGAGGCGAGUUCGGUUGUCAUUGGCAUUAUAGUUUCAGCUGCAGUCCUUAUAAUUGCCGGCUUGCUUUUGGUUGGAUUUUACAUUAUUAGAAGCAGGAAAAGCCUUGAAGGUAAGGAAUUAGAAGGGCAAGAGGAAGACUUGGAUCUCCCAUUAUUUGACCUUUCAGCAAUAUCAAAUGCCACAGACAAUUUUUCAAACUGUAACAAGCUCGGAGAAGGUGGCUUUGGUGCAGUAUUUCGGGGUAGACUCACAGAUGGACAAGAAAUUGCUGUAAAGAGGCUUUCCAGCUAUUCAAAACAAGGGGCCAAUGAGUUCAAGAAUGAAGUAAUACUUAUUGCCAAACUUCAGCAUCGGAAUCUAGUAAAACUUUUGGGUUGCUGCAUCCAUGAGAAAGAAAGAAUGCUGAUUUAUGAAUACAUGCCUAAUAAGAGCUUGGACUCCUUCAUAUUUGAUUCUGCUGGAAGGAAUCUUUUAGAUUGGUCGAAGCGAUUCAAUAUCAUAUGCGGAAUAGCUAGGGGGAUUCUUUAUCUUCAUCAAGAUUCUAGAUUAAGGAUUAUACACAGAGAUCUGAAACCCAGCAAUGUCUUGCUUGAUAUUGAUAUGAACCCAAAAAUCUCAGAUUUUGGAAUGGCUAGAACUUUUGGUGGAGAUCAAACUGAAGGAAAUACUAGGAGAGUGGUUGGAACAUAUGGGUAUAUGGCACCAGAGUAUGCAAUCGAUGGACAAUUUUCUAUAAAGUCGGACGUAUUUAGUUUUGGCAUUCUAUUGUUGGAGAUUAUAAGUGGACAGAAAAAUAGAGGAUUUUAUUGCUCGGACCAUACUCUAAACCUUAUUGGACAUGCGUGGAAGCUAUGGAAAGAAGGAAGGCCACUAGAAUUGAUCGACCCAUCCAUUGGAGACUCGUAUGCUCUAUCUGAAGUACUGCGAUGCAUCCAUAUUAGCCUUUUAUGCUUGCAACAACAUCCUGAGGAUAGACCCAUCAUGUCCAAUGUGGUCCUAAUGCUAAGUAGUGAGAGUGCCUUAACGCAACCGAAACAACCGGAAUUUUAUAUGGAAAGGGAUUCAUUUAAAGUAGACUCUCUUUUGAGCAGGAAUGAAUCUUCUACUACUAAUGAAUUAACUACUACCGUCUUGGAGGCUAGAUAAGUUCCUACUUUUCAGAUAUUGUACCUAAUCUUUGUCAAUGUUUUGGAUUCUUCUGAAUUGUUCUCUCUUUUGUAAUUGUAAUUGUGUUUAAUCCAAGUCUUGAACUCUAUAAUAACAAGCCUGUUGCGAUUGCAAUGAGAACGAGGUAAAUUUCCUUGAGCUUUCUUAACGAAAUAAAUUGAUAAUUAAGGUGACUGCAAAUUGUCACUCGAUUAGUCUCAACUGUCAAAGGAACUUCUAUAAUGAAUUUAUGCUUCUUGUGGGGUUGAGGAAACUGAGGAAAUCUAUUUUAAUUUCUAGCUAGUCACUUCAAUUCCUUAGAGGUCGUCAUAUGCUCCAGCAAUUUAACUAUUGACCCUACUUGUGCUGCUGUUGUUUUUUCGGUAUUGUAAUUGGGAAGAGAUGAAAUAAUGUUUGAAGACGAGUUUGAUAACAUUGAGAUGGUUGGACUAGAGUCAGGAUUUGUUAUUUUGGGGUAGAAAUGUCCAAGCUGUAGUUAUUGUUCUCUUGUAUUGCUAGUUUGUGUAGAAGUUGAAGGUUCUUCCUCGUAACUGUUUUCUUUUUGCUUUGCUUACCCCCUUUUUAUCCUCUUACAUCUCAAUUUUUAGUUAUUGGACAAGUGCACCGUUUCUGAUCUUUCUAUUAGACUAUCGACCAAAAUUAUUUGAUCAAAUUUUUUUAAGACUUGAAAUUGUGUCAUCUCUUCUGACCUGAUCAAUGCUAUCCAAUCCCUUUCCCCAGUUAAUUUGUAGUCAGUCCUUUCGGUGUCCUUAUAUCUGCCUAAAAGUAUGCUGCUGUCUAUUUCAUUUUCUUUUCAUGUUUUUUCAUUUCAUAUGAUGAAGCUGUGUUCUUUUUGGACUUCUUGAAAGCUAUUGCACCGAAAAAUGGUAGAAGUUUCUCCAGACUACCUUAUCUUAAAUCCCAUAUCAGUGUUCCAUCAUUUCAAGAUUGAUGUUUACAUUUUUAUGUCAUAUCACUUGUAAUUCUAUCUAAAGAUAAAGAUAUUUAUUUCGUUCCUAUUUAGCAGUCUGACUUGAAAUUCCCAUUCAACAAGUUUAUAAUAGCACGUAUGUGUGAAGGGAUUACUUAGAAAAUUGCACAUAUUGUUGCCAUGUCUUAUCGGUUCCUGUACUGCAUAUAGUACAUUUGUCCCUUUACAUAAACUCGCUUAGUAGUUUGAAUUAUUUUUUGAUCUUUUCUGUACAUAGAAGAGCAUGCUUCAAUUUUUUUUCCUGUUAAUUUUCUGUACUCCACCUUAUUUUAAAAUCUUCAUGCAUUUGCAUUGGAUUAUCAUUUGCUCUGGUCAAGUAGAAGUUAUAUUUCAACCUCGCCUACACUUCUGUCAAGCUAGAUUGUACAAUAGGCGUUAAAGGAAUGUGAUCUCAGCGUCUCACCCGAAGUCUAAUAUCAGCAUGGAUGCAAAGAAGCUUACAUCUCUUCAGUGGUUCAAGUUGAUUGUGCAGGCCUGCGAUAUUGGCUUCUCUGGGGAAUCAAAUCAUAUAAACAGGCUUGAAUAAACCUUGUCUUUUUAUCUGGCCUAACAUGCCUCCAUGCAGCUGAAAAUGGAGAUGCUGCAGGGAUUGAGUAAGACGACUUGAAUUUUUAUUGUUCAUCCGUGAGUCUUUUCCUGGAGAAAGAAAUAUGAAGUUUAAAUUCUAUCUUUAACAUUGGUUGCGCAUGGGAUGGCAAAUGAGAGACAUUCAAGUAAAAGCAAUUGUGUAAGUUUUGUUAUUGGCUUUGCAUUUCUCUUAUUUCUUUCAUUUAUUUGUUUUCUUCUUUUUUCACCUUCAGGUUUUCCUCUAUAUGUAGACGUGAAAUACUAUUAGUGCAAAAGCUUCCAGUGGAAAGUUUCUGGAAGCUUUUUCAUAUGCAUUGUUUUCCAUUCUUACUGGUUUUGGUUUCAUGUUGGGCUGCAUUAAGGCCCAUCCCUCAAGCUGAAACUGUAGUCCUGCUGGUAUCCUUGUUCUUCUGUUUAAUAAUUAAUUCUUAGAAUGAAAUGACAAUUUCGGAUCCAAUACUUUGAGAUCGUUCAGCCUAAUUUUUUUUCUAGAAAGUUGUCCCCUUUGAGGAUUAAAGAAAUUUCUCUUUUCAAUCUCUCAAUUUCUGUUCUCCCUUCGGUUUCUUUAUAAGAGUCACCGAGUAAGACUGCAUAUGCUCUAAUAGUCUAUUUGAUGUCCUGUUUCCGAGCAAGAAUUGAACAGUGACAAUAUUUGCUGCCUAUAAUGAAGUUUCAGUUGCAAGUUGCACAUGUUGGAACUUCAAAUUCUUUUUAAUAUUUAAGCGGCUUCUAGUAUUAUAUGAAUAUUUAUCUUUACCACUGUGAUUUGAAUAUCAGUUUUUACUGCCUUAAAUUACAUUAAAUUUUAAUGAGAUUCUCACAAGACCAAGUGCGCGAGACAAUCCAUGCAGGAGGAAAGUAAAGGUCUGUUGUACAUUUUUCUUCUGCUUUUAUUAUGUUAACUUUAAUUGGAUGAUGCAGCCUUUGAAAGGAUUUAACAUUCAAUGCUAUUAUCAGUUCUUUGACAUUCUAGUAGUGGUUUUUGCACACGUUAAAAAUUCCUGUCUAGGUACUUGUAAUCCUUACCUUCCAUCAGAUGAACGUAUGGACGACUCACUUCACCAAAGAAAGAGCGGUGUGGGGUCAUUUCUAAGUUGUGCUUAGGUGUUCAUGCUGUAAGGACCCACUGGCUAUCCUAUCAAGCGACACGAAGCGAUGGGCUGAAAGGAACCAGAAACAAAUAUUAUAUUAAUUCCAAGCACUAAGCUUAGUGAUGGAAAAUCGUUGCUUUGGAAUCACAAAACCCUUUGUUGUCAUCUUCAUGAUUUUUAAAUCUCUUUUUGGUCCAUCAUGUCAGGUAUUUCCUUUUUAAAUUAAUGUUUAUCCUUUGCUACAUGCUACACCAUAAUCAAAAUGCAUGUUAUAUGCCUCGCCACAAAGUGUUAUCUAAUCGUGGCCUUCAAAAGUAGCCGACCAACAGAAACUCAAAAACUCAUAUUAUUGGUGAUAACAUGUGAUUUGUGUCCUCAAUCGCAGAAACCCAUUGGCUGUAUUUUCCUUUUUUUCCUUUCCUGUCUUUUUUAAUUCUUAUGUAAAUAUUACGAAUCAGGGGCAAUAACUUGCUAAUGGUCUUUUUCUUACCUAAUCAGGAAGUGUUCCUUAAUAGUUGGUCUUCCGUUUGGUCAAUGGAGUCAUCAUUAUAGAUCUGGCUUCCAUUUUCUUAUGUAAGAAACAAUGUCAUAAUAUUGGCAAAAUGUUCCGUAGACACAUCUAAUCCGAACCUCACUUAAAAUAAGAUGUAGUGCUUAGAAGUAACGAUAUCCUGUAAAGUUAGAGAUAAGAUGUUUGAUUAAUGACUCCAUUUGUUGGAUGAACAAGAAGCUGAGUCCAGCUAGAACCCAGUUCUUAACUACAUCAUAUUAUGCUUUUUAUUUAAAGCAAUUUGAUUUGAAAUAAGCUUUUAACUCUAAUAUUCUAUCAUGUUUUUCACUCUUCUUAUAUUGUAGUCUGAUGUGACAACAAUUUGGUCCUAUUAAAUGUAUUCUAGUUUACCUGAAGUUUAAUAUAAUAAUGCCUAAGCUCGACUUUUUCAUUCUGGCUAAAACGGUCCUUGUGGUGCAAAUUAGUGCUUGAUGAUUUGGAUGUUCAGCAUUGAAUAUCAAGUUAUCCUAUCAUAAAAAUGUGUAAUCCCAUUCUUGACAAUAUCUGGAAGCUUAUGUUUCGUUAUUCCCCAGCACAGACGCGUGGAUAACCCCAUGAUUGAAAAGAUUUAAUGUCAAUCAUAAAUCUUUAGGGGUACUUUUGGAAGGGGACUGUGCAUUCGCACAAAAUGUGGUGUUCCAAAUCCGACAUGAUAGGCACACAGUGAAGCAUUCAAAACUUUUUUGUUUCCAAUUUUUUAUAUAGGAGGAAUGGCGGAAAGGGAAAAAAAAGUUUAACAUAGAGCACCUUAUCCCAACUUGUAACAUUUUAAUUUUCAUGGAGGAAGACAGAUGUUUCUAUUAGUUUAUAUAUUUGCUUUCACCAUCUGAUUUCCACCCAUAAAGGGGAAUUUACUUUCUGCAGAAAUUUUGUGACACUGUUUCAUUUUCUUAUCAAGGGGAGGCCGGCCAUCAUUUUCAUUUGUAAUGAUGCUGAUGACGAUCCUGUUGUCGGGGAAAAACAUGCAUGGAAUGAACUACGUGUCGAUAUGAGGGCAAAUUAGCUCCGUGGAAAUGGAGAGAGAUUGGAAAGCAUUGCAGAAAUUAAUCAAUGGCUUAUAAAGGAGGAUCAGGAACACAACACCUGGGAAGAGAUAUAGCUGAAUUUCACCAUAUGCUUCAAUUUUGUUUUGUGUUUCUGCUUUGAACAUGAUUGUUUAAGGUCAUUAGUCUGUUUUGUUUUCUUGCUUUUGCAUUGGAUAAUAAUAAUGAAAGUUGCAUUGAAUUAGCAGGUCAGAAAAAGCUGUGAGAGAGCCUCGAAUCUGCCAUGAAUUGGAAGCUACGCCUUCAAUUCCUAUGGCCCUGCAGUGUCUCUAUAAACUGGAGAAAAUGGCUGUGUGAACCCAUAAUUUUGUGCCCCUUUCCAAGUGGGGAGCUGUGAAUCAAACUGUCUAUGGAAAUAAUAAUUACCAUUCAUAUUAGGCUAAGUUCAACAUUUUGUAUAUAUAAAUUAUAGGUUAAGUAGAUCUCUGGCUUUGUUAUAAAGAUUGUGUUAGAUCUCCUGGUGAUGUUUCGAAAAUUGUAAUCCUCCUUUCGUUA